AUGCAUUUCUCUUCUCUUCACUUGGCUUUGAUUGCCGCGGCGCCUCUCGCCUCCGCCUGGCCAACUGCCAUUCUCGAUGCUGCUGGACAUGAUCCUGAGCUCCUCAAGCGCGCCGAAGAGGCUGCGAGGUUGAUGAAGGUGGAAGGACGUCAAGCCGGUGCCGGUGCCGCGACAGCUAUCUUUGAGCCAGUACCCAUCUUCAACGCGAAGGCACAAUACAUCAACAUUAGUGCUGGCAGCGGUCAUGAGUAUGUUGCACCUGGACCGAACGACCUCAGAGGGCCAUGCCCCGGUCUCAACGCCUUCGCCAACCACAACUUCCUUCCCCACAACGGAUACGCCAAUGUUGCACAAUACAUCGAGGUAACGCAGAAGGUCGUAGGCAUGGGUCCCGUCCUUGCGACCUUCCUCUCAGUUCUCGGUGGCGCCCUUGAUGGCGACCUGUUGAACUGGUCUAUCGGUGGCACACCAUCCCUUGCUCAAGGAGGCCCGACAGGUAUCCUAGGUAACGGUCUGAGCGGUUCGCAUAAUAAAUACGAAGCCGAUGCCUCGCCAACACGACCCGAUCUUUACCAGGCCGGUAACAACUACAAGACUGUCACUAGCCAGUUCCAGGAGUUAAUUGACUACUCACCUGGUGGUGUAGUCACUAUCGAAAGCUUAACUAGCUUCAGAAGCCAUCGCUUCGAUGUGCAGAAGCAAACCAACCCCAACUUUUUCAACGGACCAUUCUCCGGUGUGUUGGUGCAACCUGCUGCGUACACCUUCAUCUUCCGCUUCAUGGCCAACCAUACUGCUGAGAACCCCACUGGUAUUCUUCCUUACGAUGUCAUUCAGUCAUGGUUCGGUAUUCAGGGUACCAAUGGAAACUACAAAGCAGUGCAAGGCGGAGAGCGCAUCCCAGAGAACUGGUACCGACGUGCUCUUGAGUACCCCUAUGAGACCACAUACUUCCUUGCAGAUGCUGUCAACGCUGCUGUUCUCCACCCCAAGUUCCUCGAUAUUGGCGGAAAUACAGGUACACCCAACUCUUUCGUCGGUGUCGACGUCGCCGAUUUGACUGGUGGUGUCUUCAACGGUGCGUCACUCCUCGAGGGAAACAACCUCGGCUGCUUCGUCUACCAAGCCUCCGCACAAGCCAAACCAGACAUCCUUCUCGGACCUCUCAAUGCGCUCACCAGUGCCGUUGGGGGUCUUGUCGGACAGUUGGGUUGCCCAAAGUUGGCGACUCUCGACAAGAAGCUUCUUCAGCAGUUCCCUGGUUACACCAAGUCGCCUGUCUACGGUUAG